ACAGUUCACCGGCAGCCUGCCAAUACAACACUCCUGUACUUAUUUAUUUUAAUAAAAAACAAUUAUAACAAUGAAAUUGCUCGUGGUUGCUGCCGUUCUUGGAGUCUGCUUGGCUGACCGCCUGGACAACAAAUACCUCCCUCCCAGAGGUAAUCAAGGAGCUGGCUACAGUGGCAACAGCGGCUUCGGCCAAGGCCCUACCGGUUUCGGUCAAGGUGGUGCCGGUUUUGGCCAAGGAAGUGCUGGUUUCGGCCAAGGUGGUGCCGGUUUCGGCCAAGGUGGUGCCGGUUUCGGCCAAGGAGGCUUCGGUCAAAAGGGAGGUUUCGGACAGUCUGGAUUCGGUGGUCAAGCUGGUUUCGGCGGUGCUCCCAGUAACGCUUAUGGAGCUCCCGGUAGCCGGUCUAAUUCAGCCGAUGCUUCAGCUCAAAUCCUAAGACUGAACAGUGACGUCACCGCUGAAGGAUUCUCCUAUGACUUCGAAACCUCCAAUGGAAUCAGAGCCGAUGCUUCCGGAGUUGCCACCAAUGGCGUCCAGUCCCAAGGAAGCUUUGCCUACAAGGGUGAUGAUGGCCAGGAUUACAGCAUCACUUACACCGCUGACGAGAACGGAUUCCAACCCCAGGGUGCUCAUCUCCCCACUCCUCCCCCGAUCCCAGAAGCUAUCCUGAAAUCUCUGGAACAGAACGCCCGCGAUGAAGCUGCUGGCAUCAGCGAUGAUGGCUCUUACCGCGGUGAAGGUGCCGGUGCUGGCGGUUACUCUGGAGCUGGCGGGUACUCCGGCGCUGGUGCUUACUCUGGAGCCGGCAACGCUGGUGCUGGCGCUUACUCCGGUACUGGUGGUAAUGGAUUCGGUGCCGGCGGUGCCGGCGGUGCUGGUGGCAGCUCAUUCGGCGCCGGCCGCAUCGGCUCGGGCAGCGGAUUCGGACAGAAGCCCUUCGGUGGUGCUGCGUCUCGCCAAUACCUCGCCCCCAACGCUGGACCCCGUGGAUCCGGAUCCGGUAACUUCAACUCCCAAACUGGCUACAGAUAUUAAAACAAACCUUACAAAAUGAUGAUAGGGAAUUUUUAUAUUAAUAUGAACUGUUACUUUUAUUUUGAGGAUUAUCACAAAUUCAAUGUUGAUAGAUGACCUGAUGGUAAAACUUUUUUCUUUACGAAUGUUUGGAUUAUUUUACAUUUAUAAAAUCAAUCAAAGUUUCUUAAUUAUUGAAAGAAGAUUGUUAUAUCUAUAAUCUAGCUAUCAAUAUUGUCUUUUCAUGAUUAUUAAAUUAUUAUCAUUUUCUUUAUACCUACUGCAAUUUAAGUCUAUAUUCUGUUUUCUUUAAUUCCUCCAUCGUCAUUUUUAAGAUGUUAGAAAGACUCUUACGAUACAAGCUUUGAACUGAUUAUCUAAGGACAUGAGAUUCUAUGACUAUUAUAACCAUGAUAUUAAUAAGUUUCUCUCAUAUUAUGUAUAUCCUCUUUUGUGUUAUACUCAUUUGUAUGAUAUUUAAACAUACAUUUGAGUUGUACACACAUUUGUUUCAUUUCUUAUUAAUGUGAUCUCAAGACAUUCUUGUGUACUUUUUAAAGUUUAUGAAUACUUGAAAAAGAAAAUAUGUUUAUUUAAUAUAAGAUUUAAUACAGCAAUGCAAAGGACAGUACUAGAACUAAGAGAAAAUAUAUAAAAAAACUUUUGUACAAUGAGUUAGUUAUAAGUUUUGUAAAUACAUUUGAAUAUAUGAUUUAAAUGCAUUAUGUUUUUUUUUUGUUUGCCAUCUCCAAAUUACCAAGUUUUCAACAGUGUAAUUGGUUUAUUAACUCCCUAACUACACUACAUAAUUACUAUACGAU